AUGAGCGGUGAAACUGAUGUACAGCAGCCAGCUGCGGCGGAGGCGGCCAACGUUGAAGCGGAGGUGCACAUUGACGACGAGGCAUCGAGCCCGCCUCCCACGGAACCAGGCGCGAGCGAGGCCAGCGCCGCCAAGAAAAAGAAGAAGAAGAAGAAGAAGAAGAGCAGCGGAAACAAGCAGACAACACCUCCCACCAUUCCCGUGCACGAGCUGUUCUCAGGGGCGUACCCGCAAGGCGAGAGACAGUCAUACAAGGAUGAUCAGAGGUGGCGCGAGACAGAUGAAGAGAUGCGCGAGAGGGAGCGCCUGGGCGAGAGCAUUCUGAACGAGGUGCGACGGGCAGCAGAGGUGCACAGGCAGGUGCGGAGCUAUUUGAUGGCGGAGGUGGUCAAGCCCGGGGUCAAGCUGAUCGACAUGUGCGAGACGCUGGAAGACACGGUGCGCAAGCUGAUUGCUGCUGAUGGGCUGGAGGCGGGAAUCGCUUUCCCGACGGGCUGCUCGCUGAACUACGUUGCGGCGCACUGGACGCCCAACGGCGGCGACAAGACGGUGCUGGCGUACGACGACGUAAUGAAGAUCGACUUCGGCACUCAGAUCAACGGGCGUAUUAUCGACUCGGCGUGGACGGUCGCGUUCAAUCCGCGGUACGAUCCGCUGUUGGCUGCGGUGAAGGAUGCAACCAACACUGGCAUCAAAGAAGCCGGCAUCGACGUGAGGCUGUGCGACAUCGGCGCCGCGAUCGAGGAAGUCAUGCAGAGCUACGAGGUGGAACUCGACGGCAAGACGCAUCAGGUGAAGUGUGUCCGCAACCUGAAUGGUCACUCCAUCGCCCCGUACCAGAUCCACGCGGGCAAGAGCGUCCCCAUUGUCAAGGGCGGGGAGGCGACCAAGAUGGAGGAAGGCGAGUUUUUUGCGAUUGAGACGUUCGGGUCUACAGGGCGAGGCAUCGUGCACGAAGACCUCGAAGUCUCGCACUACAUGAAGAACUUCGAUGUCGGACACGUGCCCCUGCGUUUGCCGCGCGCCCGGCAGCUGAUGGCCACAAUUGACAAGAACUUCGGCACCCUAGCCUUCUGCAGGCGCUACCUCGACCGACUGGGGGAGCAGAAGUACCUCCUGGCGCUGAAGAACUUGUGCGACCAAGGGAUCGUGGAGCCGUACCCGCCGCUGUGCGACGUUAAGGGAUCGUACGUCGCGCAGUACGAGCACACGAUCUACCUCCACCCCACGCGCAAAGAAGUGCUUUCUAGGGGCGAUGAUUACUAG